UUCUGUAUCGAAGGAAUGGCUCAUUGUGGUUCACUGGGACUCGAAUGGGCAUUGCGUAAACGUGCUGAGUCGUGGUUAGGCGACGUUGACUUUGUUUGCAUUACCAAUGGGCAAUGGUUGAGCAACCGAAAACCAUGUCUGGUCUAUGCAGCACGGUUGUUAUCGCUACUAUUUGUUGUACUAACAUAUGGGCAUGCGACUAGUUCAGUAGCAUGGCUCUUGGGUGAAUAUUCAAAUUACUGUUUGCUUGUUGACGGGAAUGAAUUAAUUUAG